AUGUUUUUGCACAAUCUCUUGGAAAGAAAUGCCGGCUGGAAGGCAGGCUUUAACGACUUGUUCGUUCCAGUUCUGAACUCACGGAAUGGUUUCACUAUGUCGGAUGGCCAAAGAUAUACGAUGGACACAAUUCUCUGCGAGGAAAAUUUGGAUACCAACGCAGUUGCGAAGGUGCAAGGUUGCGUGGACAUGGCCCAUGCGGAGGGAGUCGAUGCAAUCGUGGUUGCCACGUCCUCAUUCAAUGACGACGUGAAGACGGCCGCGGAGGUUUAUGGGAUUCCGAACCUUCAUUGCUCAGGUGGAAAUCCUUUGUCGUGGACUCUUGCGACUCCCCACGCCUUCGGCUUGCACUUGCCCUUCCAGUUCUAUUCUCGAGCACCGCUGAACCAGGCCUCCCUGUUGAACUUCUCCUCGGUUGUGAUCUUGCGUGACUAUGACUGGUCCUUCGUUCGCACCUCUGCGGUCAGCGCGGCAGAGUGGAGUCGCAUGGCGACGCUGCGCCUGGUGGGGCCCACUGAGAGAUGGUGCUUUCGAUGGUCCAACAAGACACGGACCUGUGGCGUGCGCAGUGGCGGUUGCAGAUGUGGACUGCAGAGUGAAUUUGAUGCCUUUGGUUUCAAGUACAAUGUGGAUGCCUUGCCAAGUUUUUAUGAAGUUUCUGAGAGCGCAGUAGUGGAGGAUGGCUUUGACUCUCGGGCCGAUGUGCUUUCGCCUGCCUUGGUGGAGUUUGUAGAGGGGAUCAUUGAGGACGUGCGUUCUCAAGGAGCAGAUCCGGACGUUGUUGUGAAUUGGCUCACCGCUGCCCGCAGCGGUGCAAUGGCGAUGAUGAAACAAAAAAUGCGGUACAAAAUGUAUUUUGGUGCUCCCCAUGGCCCCGGACGAAGUUGGAAUGGUUUCGAGACUUCAUGGCCCAAUGGCAGCGCUGCCAUGGGCUUUGAAGCCGCAGCGUACAAUGUGGGCGGCGGUCAGUGGCACGAUGACUUGAGGUUUGCAGAUCCGUACUUUGAGAGUUCAAAGAAUAUGGCCUCAAGAUAUCUUCAGCUCUUCGGCGAAAGGCCCACGUAUGAUGCAGCGGCUUGUGCUGCAGCUGGUGUGACCUUGGCUCGGAGUUUGGAGAAGUACGGUGCGUCGUUGCUCAAUAUGACCAUUGCCCAGAGACGAGAGGAGAUCCGCUUGAGCUUAGGCCGAGUGAAUGACGAGACCUUGUUCGGAACCAUCACCUUCAGCCGCACCAACCAAAACCAGGGCCGGAGCAGUGUGAAUUGGCAAGUGAUGGUAGAUGGCCAUACCAGGCCCGUCCUACCGGUGGAUGUGGCCGUGACGUCCUGGCGCUCGCCGUCGCCCUCCUGGGAGGCCAAGCAGGGCUGCGCGCCCGGCAGCUUCGGGGUGGCCACGGAGUGUCGAGCCUGCAAGGCUGGCACCUUUCGAAAUAUCUCCAGUGCACCGUUGACAUUCUCCCAAUGUGAACAGUGUCCGUAUGGUUUAGGGACUUUGCCUAACGAGACCGGUUCAACGAGCUGCCAUUCCUGCCCGGAGGGAAGAUUUCAGAAUGGAAAUUCCGACGAAGGCAUUUGCACCGCGUGUCCUUUGGGCCAAUUUCGUAGCGCCUCAUCUGCCGCUUGCGAAGCCUGCGCUGUGGAUCAUUUUGCAGAUGAGCCGGGCUUGUCGGCGUGUAAGCCAUGUCCAGAACAAAGUGAACAAGCUCAAAUGGGUCAGUCUGCAUGUGCUUGCCAGGUGGGAAGCUUUAAGGAUCCAGCAGAUCCUUCGGAGAUGGCUGUGACAGUGCCAUGCCUGAGCUGCGAAAGCGUGCUGCCGGGUAGCAGCACGCUGCAUCCCAACAGCGAGAGCAGCAACGACUGCCUGUGUCCUUCAGGGACGUACUGGCACCGACCCUUCCAAGGGAGUUCCGUGGCUUUCUGUAAACCUUGCAGCAAGGGCUUGAUCUGUUUAGGUGGCACCCAGGCCCCAUUGCAAGCGCUGGGCUAUUCAGCAGGUGCUCCAAGUUUUGAGGGAGGUGAUCCAACUUAUAUCGUGGAGUGUAGUAGCAACGUGAGGUGUCCUGAAGGACUUCCUUUGGCAGGAUGUCCUGCAGCAAACUACGGAGUUGCCUGUGUGAAUUGCGCAGCGAAUCACUUCGAUGACAACGGCCUCUGCAUGUCUUGCUCUGAUUCGAACUUCGUGGUGUGGCCCCUGAUCGUUGCCAUCGUCUUCGGCCUCGUGGGCCUGGUCAUCGUCUACAAAUUCGCCACGCGCGUGGAUCGUUCUUCGCGCGACUCCGUGGCCACCAUCAUCAUCGCUGCGGGGCUCAUCCUGGCAAUUUUUCAGGAUCUGCCCUCCUUUGGCAAGGUGAAAGUGAAAUGGGUCGAGCCAUUGAAAACUCUUCGAGGUGUUCUCUCCUUUUUGUCUUUCGACAUUGGCGUCCUGCGACCCAACUGUUGGCUUGGACCCAGGAACCCGACCAUGAGCUAUUUCUAUACCAUCCUUUCCUACCCUUGCGGUGCCUGCACUGUGUGUGCUUUCCUGGCCUUUGGCAAGUAUGUUCUCCGCAAGGAUGUCACCUUGAACGAUGCCAUCAAUAUCAAUGGCCUUCUGCUCUCAGCAGUAUAUAUGGCUUUGGCCUCGGUCUCGCUGCGGCCCUUCAAAUGUUUGGGGAACCCCGACGGCAGCGCCUCUUUGGGCGCGGAUCGCAGCAUCUUGUGCUGGCAGCGAGGCGAUCAUCAGUUGAUGGUUGCCUUGUCCUUCCUUCCGAUGCUGGGCGGUGUGCUGAGCUAUCUGACGCUCAUCAUCUGGGCGGUGACGCAGUAUCCUCGAAAGGUGUCACGCCCAGGUGGUGUAAAGUUCGUGAAACGCUGGAGCUUCGCCUUUUCGCGCUUUAACCCCACCUCCUAUUACUUUAUCCUGGUGCUGGUUCUCCGCGACCUCUUGAUUGGGAUGACGCCGGUCAUCUUGGCUUCGCUGAACGAGUUGCUGUUUCUGCUCUGGAUCGUGACCUUGACGUCCUAUGCCCCCCUGCAGGCGCGGCUGUGGCCCUGGAAAAGUCAGAUGGCCAAUAUCCUUGAUUCAGGCUUGACCGGUUGCCUCAUCGCCGUCGUCGUCCUGGGCUGUAUGCUCUUAGAUUUCAACGUUGCUCGGGGGACGGUGGUGAUUCAGAUCCUGUCCAUGAUGGCGUUCGUUCUGCUGAGCACUGCUUUUGUGGCUGUGGUCCUGCUGGUCCUCUAUCGUGCCUACAAGCCGUCCAAGACUUACGGCAUUUUCUUGAGCCAUCACAAGCUUGGAGCAGCAGUGCUCUGUCGCUGGUUCAAGAUGCUUCUGACGGGCAUCAUCAAGGAUCACAUCUUUUUGGAUUCCGACGACGUGAACAAAUUGGAUGCCAUCAUUGAAGUGUGUGCCUGGGACUGCGAAAACGUGGUGGUGAUCAUGACGUCGGAGACCUUGAAACGUAUGUGGUGCGCUGCAGAGAUUGCCUCCGCCCAUGCGGGCGAGGGGAAUGUUGUCUUAGUGAGCUGCGAUGGGAAUGGUUUCACGGAGGAACUGAUCGAGAUGCUGCCCGACCUGUGGUCUGACGAGCAGCAGGCGACCUUGGCUGCUGCGGGGAUCAGCAUGCAGGCGGUGGAAGAAGCGUACAAUAGCCUCAGCGAGCACAAGCCCAUUCCUUUGCGCCGCCGGGGAGCAAAGGAACAAGAACACUUCAAUGUAGCGAAGUUGGUGGUCAGUCAGUGCACAGGCCUAUCUCCUUUCCUCUUGACGCGCUUGCAGAAGACGCAGCGACAGAAUUCGGGGCCCACGGGGAUGACGUCCAGUCAGUUGGGCGAAAUCCAGCAAUCCUUGAUCAUGCUCUUGGGUGACUUGGACACUCCUGAAUCAGGCUGCUCCUGCCGAGUCCUGCAAGCGCUGCUGCAGGGAAAGAUGCACGAAGGGGUCACGGUGGUGGAUGCCAACAGGUCGGUGCGCAACCUUCCAGGCCUUGAAGCGCAGUAUGAAGGAUCCAGAGCGAUUCUGGUCGUGUUGACUCAAGGCGUCUUGCACCAGCCCAGCUUCGCUGCGGCCUUGGCCAUGUGCCCCGAGGACGCGCGCUCCAAGCUGGUUCCGGUCAAGGCGGAUGAACUCUUUAUUUAUCCAGAUCCCGAAUUUUGGGAGAAGCUGGGGCAAGGUUUGAUCUUCUCUAAAGAGAUGCUUGAAUCCCUUCAGACAGAUUUUGAGAGCGUUCGCAUCAUCUACCAGCAGCUCUUCAAUGUCCUUGCCUUGAAAUUUACUUCUCACGGAUCAAAUCACAUCCAGGCAGCUGAGAUCAUGGUCUUGGUUGGUCGCUUGCUGCCCAUGAUCGAGGCUCCCAGCGCAGACUCCACGGUGGAGAGAGCGUCCGCAUUGCAGCGCUUGAGGACGAUCAUGUCGUCGGCUGAAUCCAGGAACGGCAAGGUCGGAAGCCAGCGAGAUAGUAGUCCAAGUGAAGCGAGUCCAAGUGCCGAUCCAGAAGGACGCCGCCUGACCGGACGCGUACCCUUAGAGCUGGUCUUCGACGACUCCGACCACGACGACUCGAGUAAAGACUUGUGCUCCACAGAUAUGGGCUAUAUGAAAUCCCUGGAAGGAUUUGAAGAGGAGUUUCAUAAUCUGAGCCUCGAGGAGAUGGAGAAACGCACCGUGAAGGAGGCGUUUUGACCACCGAAGAGACACGUUGCCGCGAAGUGGUCGGGUAGCGAAGUGAUAUGUAUCGUGCUAAUUAUUCAAAUCCCAUGUGCUCAAUGUUCA